GAGGACGACAAGAGUCGCCAGGGCUGAGUGAGCAGAAGAGAGAGAGUGUGUGUUGGGGAAGAGAGAUAGAGUGAGUGAGAGAGAGAGAGAGAGAGAGAGAGUGAGAGCGAGAGAGGCGGAGUAGGAAAGUUGCAAUUUAAAAAGACAAUUGGAUUGACUGUUCUCACACUGCAACCAUGGGGCUGGGAAGAGGAAAGGAUGAGUAUAAGCUGGCGGCCACCUCAGAUGGCGGGGACAAGAAAUCGAAGAAGUCAAAGGAGAAGAAGGACAUGGAUGACUUGAAGAAAGAAGUAGAUCUGGAUGAUCACAAGUUGACCCUGGAUGAACUUCACCGUAAAUAUGGAACUGACUUGACAAGGGGUCUGUCCAACUCCAGAGCCAAAGAAAUCCUUGCUCGUGAUGGCCCCAACGCUCUUACCCCUCCUCCCACAACCCCUGAGUGGGUCAAGUUCUGCAAGCAGCUGUUUGGGGGUUUUUCAAUGUUGUUGUGGAUCGGUGCCAUCCUCUGUUUCCUGGCCUACGGUAUCCAGGCAGCAUCUGAAGAUGAACCUGCAAAUGACAACUUGUACCUUGGUGUUGUGCUGUCAGCUGUCGUCAUCAUCACUGGUUGUUUCUCAUACUACCAAGAAGCCAAGAGCUCCAAAAUCAUGGAUUCCUUCAAGAACCUCGUCCCACAGCAAGCCCUGGUCAUCCGUGAUGGUGAGAAGAAUAGCAUUAAUGCAGAGGAUGUGGUGGUAGGAGAUCUUGUGGAGGUUAAGGGAGGAGACAGAAUUCCUGCUGAUCUAAGAAUCAUCUCAGCUCACGGUUGCAAGGUGGACAACUCUUCUCUGACUGGUGAAUCGGAGCCUCAGACUCGUACCCCUGACUUCUCCAAUGACAACCCACUGGAGACCAGGAACAUUGCUUUCUUCUCCACAAAUUGCGUAGAAGGAACUGCCCGUGGUGUUGUCAUCAACACCGGAGACCGCACUGUCAUGGGUCGUAUUGCAACUUUGGCUUCCAGUUUGGAAGGUGGCAAGACCCCCAUUGCCAAAGAAAUAGAGCACUUCAUCCACAUCAUCACUGGUGUGGCUGUCUUCCUGGGUGUCUCGUUCUUCAUCCUCUCCCUCAUCCUCGGGUAUGGCUGGCUCGAGGCCGUCAUCUUCCUUAUUGGUAUCAUUGUGGCUAACGUGCCUGAGGGUCUCCUGGCUACUGUCACUGUGUGUCUGACAUUGACUGCCAAGCGUAUGGCCAAGAAAAACUGCCUGGUGAAGAACCUGGAAGCUGUGGAGACUCUGGGCUCCACCUCUACCAUCUGCUCGGACAAGACUGGCACUUUGACCCAGAACAGAAUGACCGUGGCCCACAUGUGGUUUGACAAUCAGAUCCAUGAGGCAGACACCACUGAGAACCAAAGCGGAACCUCCUUCGACAGGAGCUCUGCCACCUGGGCUUCCUUGGCCAGAAUUGCUGGACUCUGUAACCGAGCAGUCUUCCUUGCUGAGCAGAACAACGUUCCCAUCCUGAAGAGAGAUGUUGCUGGCGAUGCAUCUGAAGCUGCCUUGCUCAAGUGUAUUGAGUUGUGCUGCGGCUCCGUCAAAGAAAUGAGAGACAAGUACACAAAGGUUGCAGAAAUUCCCUUCAACUCCACUAACAAGUACCAGCUUUCUAUCCACCGCAACAACACUCCAGGGGAAACCAAACACCUGCUGGUGAUGAAGGGAGCACCAGAAAGGAUUCUGGACCGAUGCUCCACCAUCGUGAUCCAGGGCAGAGAGCAACCACUGGAUGAUGAAAUGAAAGAUGCCUUCCAGAAUGCUUACGUGGAGUUGGGCGGCCUUGGAGAGAGAGUCCUGGGUUUCUGCCACUACAGUCUGUCUGACGACCAGUUCCCUGAAGGAUUUGCUUUCGACACCGAUGAGGUGAACUUCCCCACAGAGAACCUUUGCUUUGUCGGCCUUAUGUCCAUGAUUGAUCCUCCUCGUGCUGCUGUGCCCGAUGCCGUUGGAAAAUGCAGAAGUGCCGGAAUCAAAGUUAUAAUGGUCACUGGAGAUCAUCCAAUCACAGCCAAAGCCAUUGCUAAGGGUGUUGGCAUCAUCUCUGAGGGCAACGAAACCGUUGAGGACAUUGCUGCCCGCCUGAAUGUUCCAGUCUCAGAAGUCAACCCAAGAGACGCCAAGGCUUGUGUGGUCCAUGGUGGCGAGCUGAAAGACAUGUCCACCGAGCAGCUGGACGACAUUUUGAAACACCACACUGAGAUUGUUUUUGCCAGAACUUCACCUCAGCAGAAGCUGAUUAUUGUGGAAGGUUGCCAGAGACAGGGUGCGAUUGUGGCUGUGACAGGCGAUGGUGUGAACGACUCUCCAGCUCUGAAGAAGGCUGACAUUGGUGUUGCCAUGGGCAUCGCUGGCUCUGACGUAUCUAAACAGGCCGCUGACAUGAUUCUGCUGGACGACAACUUUGCCUCCAUUGUCACCGGAGUAGAAGAAGGCCGACUGAUCUUUGACAACUUGAAGAAGUCCAUCGCUUACACAUUGACCAGCAACAUCCCUGAAAUCUCACCCUUCCUCCUCUUCAUCAUCGCCAACAUCCCUCUGCCCCUGGGGACUGUUACCAUCCUCUGUAUUGACCUGGGAACCGACAUGGUACCUGCUAUCUCUCUGGCUUAUGAAGCAGCUGAGAGCGACAUCAUGAAAAGACAGCCCCGAAACCCCAAGACAGACAAGCUUGUGAAUGAGAGGCUCAUCAGCAUCGCCUACGGGCAGAUCGGUAUGAUGCAGGCUACGGCAGGUUUCUUCACAUACUUUGUGAUCCUGGCUGAGAAUGGCUUCUUACCAAACGACCUGUUUGGAAUCAGAGUUUUCUGGGAUGACAAGUACAUGAAUGACCUGGAAGACAGCUAUGGUCAGCAGUGGACAUACGAGCGAAGAAAGAUCGUAGAGUUCACCUGCCAUACAGCCUUCUUCGUAAGCAUCGUGAUUGUGCAGUGGGCCGAUCUGAUCAUCUGUAAGACUAGAAGGAACUCCAUUCUGCAGCAGGGAAUGAAAAAUCGCAUCCUGAUAUUUGGGCUGUUUGAGGAAACUGCUUUGGCUGCUUUCUUGUCCUACUGCCCUGGCAUGGACGUGGCCCUCAGAAUGUUCCCACUGAAGCCUUCCUGGUGGUUCUGUGCCUUCCCCUACUCCCUCCUCAUCUUCCUCUAUGAUGAAGCCAGGAGAUAUAUUCUCAGACGCAACCCAGGCGGUUGGGUGGAGCAGGAGACGUACUACUGAGACAGCAUGGAGGCAGCCCUAGUGUUUUGGUGUUAUUUACUGCCAUGUUACAUUUUUGUCUGCUCAGCCAGACCUCCAAAAAAACUCAGAGCAUGGAUAAAUUAAAGAUAUCUUGAUGUAAAUGUCAUUCACAAUAAAAAAAAAAACAUGAGCAUACACCAUUGUA